AUGUCGGCGUCUCCGCCGCCGCCCGAGGACGCCGUGCCUCUGGCGGGCGUCGGCGCCGUCGCCGUCGCCGGCAACGACAAGGUCCUCGCCGCGGCGCACCACAUCGUCAAGUCGCUCGCCACCUCCAAGAACGCCGCCGACGACAUGAUCCGCAUCCUCUCGGGCUUCGACUACCGCCUCUCCACCAUCACCUCCGACCUCUUCCACUCGCCCUCGCCCUCCCACUCCCACUCCCCGACCCACGCCGCCUCCUCGGAGGCCGAGGGCCUCUCUCUGCUGGAUUUCGACGACGCGGCGCAGCUCAUCCACCUCUGGGACACCACCCCGGAGGCGCUCGUCUUCGAGGCCCCCGAGGACGACGCCACGCACUACCUCGCGGCGGUCGACGUCGCCGUCGACCACCUCGCCGCCGGGGGCCCCGCAGCCGCCUCGGGCCGCGCGGGCGUCGCCGUGCAGCUCGCCAUGGCGCGCCUCGAGGACGAGCUCCGCCACCUCAUGCUCCGCCACGCCGUGCCGCUCGACGCCAGCGGCCUCUACUGCUCGCUCCGCCGCCUCUCGCUCGAGUCCAUGGACGACCUCGACACCUCCUCCGAGUUUGACCCCACCACCCCGCACAGCCAGGAGGGCGCGCCAGAUACCGCCCGCAGCGCCAGUCUCGUGGGGAACCCCUUCGACGACCAGCUGUUCGACCUGGUGCGGCCUGACGCUGUUGAUGAGCUGCGCGCCAUUGCUGAGCGGAUGGGGCGCGCUGGCUAUGCAAGUGAACUCGUGCAGGUUUACUGCGGCAUCCGCCGGGACCUGCUUGAUGAGUGCCUCACAGUUCUGGGCGUCGAGCGGCUCAGCAUCGACGAGGUUCAGCGUGUGGAGUGGAAACAGCUGAAUGACAAGAUGAAGAAGUGGGUGCAUGGCGUCAAGACGGUUGUCCGUUCCCUGCUGACAGGCGAGUAUCGGCUCUGCGACCAGGUGCUCGCAGUGUCUGAUGAGCUGCGGAACGAGUGCUUUGUUGAAUCCACCAAGGUUUGCAUAAUGCAGAUUCUUAACUUUGGGGAUGCUGUGGCUGUGUGCCCUCGUUCGCCGGAGAAAGUGUCCCGGAUUCUUGAUAUGUAUGAGGCACUUGCCGAGGUAAUUCCUGAGCUCAAGGAACUCUACUAUGGGACUCCUGGGGAUGAUGUGAUCUGUGAUUUGGAGGGUGUCCUUGGGAGGCUUGGGGAUGCAGUCAAGGGUAACCUUCUUGAGUUUGGGAAGGUUCUACAGCAGGAGUCGUCACGCCGGCCUAUGAUGGCUGGUGAGAUCCACCCAAUCACACGUUAUGUGAUGAACUAUCUUAGGUUGUUGGUCGUUUACAGUGAUACGCUUGACAAACUCUUGGAUGAGGAUGCUGCCGGAGAUGCUGAUCAUAAUGCUUCAAAUGGAGGUGCUGAUGAUGAUGAGGAGUAUCUGCAGAGCUUGACCCCACUUGGACAUCGCUUGGUGAAGCUCAUGUCUUACUUGGAGGCCAAUUUGGAGGAAAAAUCUAAACUGUACGAGGACGGUGCACUCCAGUGUAUAUUUUCCAUGAAUAAUACACUUUAUAUUGUCCAAAAGGUGAAGGAUUCUGAGCUUGGGAGGAUUUUAGGGGAUCAUUGGACACGGGGGCGCCGUGGAAAGAUUCGGCAAAAUUCCAAGAGCUACCUUAGGAUAUCGUGGACAAAGGUUUUGUCCUAUCUCAAGGAUGAUGGUCAUGGCAGUGGGAGUGUAAGUCUUGGGAAUUCAAGCUCGAGGGUCAAAGAGAAAUUUAAGAACUUCAACUUUGCCUUUGAUGAGAUUUACAGGAGUCAAACGCUUUGGAAGGUACCGGAUCCUCAACUCCGCGAAGAGCUCAAGAUAUCUAUAUCUGAAAAUGUGAUUCCAGCAUAUCGUGCUUUUCUGGGUAGAUAUGGUAGUCUAGUGGAUAAUGGAAGAAAUUCUGGUAAAUACAUAAAGUACACCCCAGAGGACUUGGAAAAUCAACUGUCUGAUCUUUUCGAAGGGUCACUAGGGUCUGCCAACCAUUCCAGAAGAAGGUUAUAG